AUGCAGCACAACAAGGACCCCGCGCGGGCCACUGCCCUAAAGAACGAAGGCAACAAGCUCUACCAAUCAGGGGACUUUGUGGGCGCCGAGAGCCUAUACUCCAAGGCCAUCAUCGCCGACGACGCCAACCCAGCCCUCUACACGAACCGCGCGAUGGCAAGGCUGAAGCUCAAACUCUGGGAUUCGGCAAUCUCCGACUGCCAGGCCUGUUUGACGCUGAACCUCGAGUCCAUGAAGGCGAACUACUACCUCGCCCAAGCAAAUAUAGAACUGCACAACUACGAAGAUGCUCUAUCCGCGGCUUUGCGGGCGCAUGCGCUGUGUAUCAGCCAGAACGACAAGUCCCUCCCCCAGGUGACAUCCACGGUGCUGCGCUGCAAGAAAGAGAACUGGGAACAAAAGGAGAAGCGGAGGACGCGGGAGAACCAAAUGCUUGAGGACGAACUCCUCGCGUUGAUGGAGAGGGAAAAGGAGGAAAUGCUAGAGACGUGCGAUACUGAGGGCCUUCGGGAUGAGGUUCGUGGGGAAUGGGACGACAAAGCGUCAGACCUGCGGAGGACCUUUGAGCAAGCACGUCAAGGCGACGACAAACAGAGAAUCGUCCCGGAUUGGAUGAUCGAUGAGAUCAGUUUCAAUAUAUUUAUUGACCCUGUCACAACGAAGACCGGGAAGAGUUACGAGCGGGCCUCGAUCCUGGAGCAUCUUCGGAGGUCUCCUACUGACCCUCUUACUCGUGAACCCCUAUUGCCGAGCGACUUGCGGCCCAAUCUCGCGUUAAGACAAGCUUGUGAAGAGUUCCUGAAGGACAACGGCUGGGCUGCAGACUGGUAG